UACGUAUUCCAUCGGCGGCGCCGGUUAUCAAACGAUCUGAAGACUUGUUCCACUGCACCAUUAUGUCGAAACUGAUACUCAUUUGUUUCACCGCCAUUAUGUCACUGACAUCAGCCGGCCGCCUGGAUCAUCUCGCGCCAGGAUACAGCGGCGCCAGCGCAGGCGCUUUCAGCGGACCUCCUUCUAAUUAUGAAAACGUUAAUAAUGGAGAUGGCACAUACCGUUUCAGUUACGACACUCCAACUGGUAUCUCAGCACGCGAGAGUGGAGCCCCUAGAGCCCAGGGUCCCGAAGGCCCAGCGGUGACAGCUGAGGGCGGAUUCUCGUACCGCGCCCCCGACGGCCAGCAGAUCUCACUCUCCUACACGGCGGACGAGAACGGCUUCCACCCCACAGGCUCCCACAUCCCCACUCCACCCCCCAUCCCUGAGGCCAUCCUCAGAUCUUUAGAGUACAACAGGCAGCAUCCAUCUUCGUAA